AUACUUAAAUAUAUGGCAACACUGACUGUCUACUCUUUGAGGCGGUCGUGGUGUUCGUUUUCCUGAUUAAAUUUUUCAUUAAAACAAACUUGAAUAAAAAGUAGUGCCUGUUUAGACACAAUCAAAAUGCUGCGGCUAAUAUUAGACAAAUUCUGGGACGAGGGAGUUUGGUUACCGCCCAACACGACGUGGGAGGAUAUCGCACCCGGACCGGAUAAGGCUGUUGAAUACACCAACUACACUCACGUUUUCAUCCCUAUACCGUUAGCUGUGGUUUUUAUGGUGAUACGGAAUUUCCUGGAGAAACACUGGUACGCACCUUUCGGGAAGUCCUUAGGCAUAAAGGAUACGAGACCACGGAAAGCGCCAAAUAAUCCAAAGUUGGAGGAAGCAUACCGACAAUGUCCGAAACCCAAACAGUUCUCCACAAUAGCCAAGAAGCUGGAUUUGACGGAACGGCAAGUGGAACGCUGGUGGCGUCUGCGUCGCAGCCAGGAGAAACCCUCGACCCUGACCAAGUUCUGCGAGAACACGUGGAAAUUCACGUUCUACCUCAUCAACUUCACAUUCGGAAUAUUCGUUCUGUGGGACAAGGAGUGGCUAUGGGAUAUCGACCAAUGCUACAUCGGAUAUCCCCAUCAGGGUGUGACCAGCGACGUGUGGUGGUACUACAUGAUAUCGUCCGCGUUCUAUUGGUCGCUGACCAUCUCGCAGUUCUGGGACGUCAAGCGCAAGGACUUCUGGCAGAUGUUCGUCCACCACAUCGCCACCAUAGCGCUGCUCUCCUUCAGCUGGGUAUGCAACCUGCACCGGAUCGGAACCCUGAUGCUGCUCGUUCACGACUGUGCGGACAUAUUUGUUGAGUCCGUGAAGGCCGCAAAGUACGCAGGGUACCAGCGUCUGUGCGAUACCCUCUUCCUGGUGCUAAUCGUGGUCUGGAUCUCGACCAGAGUGGGGAUUUACCCGUUCUAUAUCAUAUGGAGCACUUCCAUCCGAGCUCCGAUGCUGCUGCCAAUGUUCCCGGCCUACUACAUAUUCAAUUCGCUGCUGUGUCUGUUACUAUGUCUGCAUAUACUGUGGACUUGGUUGAUCUUGCUGAUUGCCUACAACACGCUGAAAGCCGGACAGAUGGAGGGUGACAUCAGGAGUUCCAGUUCCGAAUUGAGUGACAGUCCUCACAAUUCUAACCACAGCUCCCCUACCCGAGUAAAGAGUAAAAAGGUCACAUAAUUAUUUUACUGGCGUGAAAUGGCGGAACUUCGAAAUAUGAAAUGCAUGAAGAAGAUUAAAUUAACGAUUAAGAUUAUUGUUAUGUAAGUGCAACAUAUUGAUUUGUAAUUGUUUGAAGAAAGAAAACAAAAAAAAAACGCAUCAACCACCUUAAAGAGUAAGUUGUCACAAUCUUGUGUUAGUUUCCAAGGGGGAGUGCACACUAGUUUUAUCGAUAUCGAUAUCGAUAACAGUGUUGUUCAAUAUCGAUUAAACGGAAUACAAAUCAAAGCUCCCGUCCCUAACGGACUUCACAAUACGAUGCCAAAUAUAAAAUACAAAAUACAUCGCAUUUUAAUUUUAGGAUUAUGAAUACUGCACAGGAUUUUGUAAUUCGUUUAUUGAAUGAAUAAAAUUCGGCGGGAAAUACUCGUUUUGUAGUAAGUUAACAUAUUUUCUUGUUAUUUUUACUCUAUGGAACGCUAUCUAUGGUUUUUUUGUUUGUUAUUCCAUACAAACGUUAAAUAAAGCGCUGGAAUGUGGUUUUAUUUAAUACCUUAUACAUAUGGUACGUAUCGAUAAACCAAUCUAUGAUGAGCUAUGAUUUUGUUGGCAUCUAGAUUAGUGAUUGGUCUACCACACUAGAGACAGUCUAGAAAAGGAUUUUCUGUUUUUAUUAUUAUUAUUAUUUAUUUUUUGGGAUUGUUUUAUUUUUAAUUCACCCGAUAUUGUCAUAUAUAAAUUAAUAGGAGAGGUCAAUGUAUUUGUAAACAGUAACAGGUGAUCGGACAAAAUAGCGAUUGAAUAGUCUAUACAUAACAUAGCAUAAAAUUUAAACAAUAAUGUAACGAUUGAAAUCAUGGAGCUUACAAGUUCACAGCGGGCAUGGUUCUUAAAAAUAGAACGUCUGAGAUAUAUAUUCGUCUCUUUCUUACACUUAAUCAAAUUGAAGUUACGGCCUCCGCACGACAGAGAAGCUUAGUUCUUUCUUAGCCCACCGCGAGGGAGGUACGGACGAGAUGUUACAGACCUCGCUCCGCACUUAACAUGCUAAGCCACUGAUUUAAGAUGUUAAAUAAAAUGUAAGAACUCCAACAUUCAGUCGCGUCAAGCCAAUCACCACGUAUGACGUCAUAUGUGGCUUAUCGUUUCGUAGAUUGUGUAAUCGAUUGUUAGCUCGUCGUGCGUCGUUGAGUUUUGGCCCCAAAUGACGUCACGAGAUUCAUUAAAUUCACGACGCCAUUCGUAAAACAAUGCUGACUGACUUUGUUUUAACUUUAUCCGAAAUGCGUAUCACUUGCGAUUUCCAUAUCCUGUAGUAAUAAUAGCUAGACAGGACAGUUCUGAAGUUUAAAAAAAGUUCUUUAAAAGAGACUUGUGGAGAGUAUUAUGCGGUAGGCAGCGGCUUGGCUCUGCCCUUGGCAUUGCUGAAGUCCGUAGGCGACGGUAACCACUCACCAUCAGGUGGGCCGUAUGCUCGUCUGCCUACCCUUGUAGGGGUAAGGUGCCCAUGUAAUAAAUUUUUUUUUUAAAUUAAAAUGAAGUAAAAUCAGUAUAAGCGCGUUGAGAAAUAACUUUGGAGUUAAAUUAAUAAAAUAAUAACGCAUUAGUUGUGGGCGAUUUCUAUCGAUGAUAAUUUCGUCGAUGCAAAUAGUACGCGGAAUUGGUUUUUUUUUUUUCAUUUUUUCGGAAUCUGCAAUGGUUUCUGAGAUCGUUGAAAUUCCUCUAACACGAAGACCAGUGUUUUUUUUUUAUUGCUUAGAUGGGUGGACGAGCUCACAGCCCACCUGAUAUUAAGUGGUUACUGGAGCCCAUAGACAUCUACAACGUAACCAUGCGCCAUCCACCUUGAGAUAUAAGUUCUAAGGUCUCAGUAUAGUUACAACGGCUGUCCCACCCUUCAAACCGAAACGCAUUACUGCUUCACGUCAGAAAUAGGCGGGGCGGUGGUACCUACCCGCGCGGACCCACAAGAGGUCUUACCACCAGUUGUAUGGAGUUGGAACAGCGCCCCUAGCGGCAAACGAAGGAAAGCUGUUCCAACUCCAUACAGAGUUGAGUUAAAUUUUACGCGAUCGAAAAGUUAAAAAAAUUCGCACUACCCGAUUAAGGUUUCGGUUUAGCGACCGGAAUAAAUGUUGAACUACACGAUUUAUCGCUUGUCGCAAAUUUUAUUUCACGUUUACACAUUCACUUUUUAGAAUUAAGUGCACAAUAAACAAAUUAUCUUUAUCUAUCUAUCUAUAUAUAUAUGAGUUGCUGUUCGUUAGUCUCGCUAAAACUCGAGAACGGCUGGACCGAUUUGGCUAAUUUUGAUCUUGAAUUAUUUGUGGAAGUCCAGAGAAGGUUUAAAAGGUUUAGAUAAUUAUGAAAAUGCCCUUGAAUUAAAUAAAAAUAACAAUUUCGUUUUUCCUUUGAUGUGUCCCCGUCGGACGGAUUCCUUUUGUUUGUUUUAAAUUUACUUUAUACAAAAGCUUAGGUCUUUUAUUUAUCGAUUGAGGCACUACGAAGUCUGCCGGGACAGCAAGUUCAUUAUAUAUAAAUAUAACGUGAUUUGUUUAGAGCAUUUAUAUUUGUUUAUCACGCGAUCCCUACGAAAGGCUUUGGCUAAAAUUUAUCGCUCUUCGCUUGUCCGUACCGCGUCUAUACGCAUUCAUUUGCACAGGGCGCGACGGACCUUGUACCUCCCUCCCGAUUUCCUCAGGCGACGCUUUCAUUCGAUAUUGACGAGAAGAAAGUCUAUCCGUGCAAAAAAAUCGUCAUUGAACUUUAUAAACAUUUGGUUGGAUAAGCGCGUCUUCGAGAACAUUCAGUAGCGUCCGAACAUCGGCGUAAGGGCCCCUCGGCUCUGCGAAAAAAAUUGUUAGGACAACGACACCUUGAAAUGUACGUGCAAGCAAAAAAAUAUCUAAACUUCUGUUGGCUCGAAUAUAAUGAUAAUUUUAAUAUAUCGAGCGGUAAAAGUAUAUUUGGUUUAAGCGAUAUUUCGCUUAAUACGCGACAUUUCGUUAAUACGUGACUUUUUGCUUAAUACGCGACAUUUAUCUUUGUAAUUAAAGGUCCGUUUUAUUUGGUAUUAGCAGCAUCAACAGUUCGACAUUUUUAAUUGAACUUUAAUUACCCUUUCAAAUAGGAACCAUUAGGUUCAGCCAUUCAAAUAGCUGAAGUUUUUUUAUGAUAUUUUUUCCAAAUUUUCAACUUUAAAUGGCUCUCCUGUAAUGUUUCAAAAAUUUCGCUUAAACCAAAAUCUUUCACUCCUCGAUAUGAUUUUAGAGAGUCUAGAUUGCAAUUAUUUAUUUAGUACCUACUGUUUAAUAAAUAAUGUGAUGUUGUUAUUUAAUGUACAAUAAACGAGAUGUUUGUUAAGCUAUUGCAUAGCUUUUAUAGCGGGCUUUGAGCGCGGCGACCGAAUCAAGAAAUUCCGUAACGAAAAUAAAACCUAACACCCCCACUCCGCCUGCCAUGUAACUCGCGUUCAAUACAUUCACACGUUGCGCUUGUGUAGUGUUUGUGAAUAAGCGCGCGGCGUCACGUCGCACUGCAUGCGCAUCAUGAAAAGUCUACCCAUCUCUCUCUCGCGCGGUCUAGCUUAUGAGUGAAGGGGACAGUUAAUGUUUUGCUUUUGUUAAUGUCUAUAAAUCUAGCGUGGUCUUAUUGUAUUAUUGUUUUAAUAUUAAAUUAUUAUUGUCUAAUUAUGAUUGCAUAAGUUGAUAAAAAAUGCUAUGCAAUAGCUUUACCGCGGCAGUCCCUGAGUGCCACACGUGUUUUUUUUUUUAAUAUUAAAUAUAAUACAGUUAUUGUAUUAAAUCUAUUCUUCCUGUGCGAACCACGUAUAAGAUAUUCCAAACCGCAUUAUUGAGGCUAAAUAAUGUUUCCUCAACUAUAAUUACUUUAUAUAUAAUAUUAUUUAAUAAAUAGAUUUAUAAUAUUAUGUACUACGAUAUAUUUACUACCCGUAAAUUAUUUUUCUACACAAUUAUACACAAUUGUUUUGAUUCGUAUACAUUCUAUUGUGAAAAAAAAAAUUAUCUUGAUCUCUAUUGUAUGCAUUUCCUUGGAUGCAUUUUUGUAACUAAUCGAUUUAAAAAUUGUUCAUAUAUAUUUGUAGUCGCCGAGCAAACAGCGAUAAUUCCACAGUAGUAAAUCUUCAGUAACAAACAAAUUAACAAUCAAAGGAAUGUCGAUAAUUAUUACCAACAUCACGCAUGUGAAUAUUAUUGGAACUUAGUUGUAACUUUAUACUCAGUUUUAUUUAACACGUUGAAUGCCAUGAUGGAUACUAAGUAUUCACGACAUACUUAUCACUAGAGCCGCACGCACCGAUGUAUCAAGAAUCAUUUUUUACUGGUGGUAGGACCACUUGUGAGUCCGCGCGGGUGGGUACCACCACCCUGACUAUUUCUGCCGUGAAGCAGUAAUGCGUUUCGGUUUGAAGGGUGGGGCAGCUGUUGUAACUGAGACCUGAUAUAUAACUUAUAUCUCAAGUUGAGUUGCGCAUUUACGUUGUAGAUGUCUAUGGGCUCCAGUAACCACUUAACACCAGAUGGGCUGUGAGUUCGUUCACCUAUCUUUUUUUUCUCAGUCGUGUCACUCUUGACAGAGUGGUCGUGAUCGUCAUGUAGUGUUGGAAGGGGCAGACUUGAUGCGUCUCACGAUGUCGCGCCAUCUCUCCCUGCUCGAGGCCAUUCUACUGCACUAAAAAAAACAUCGAAAAACUGUUUGUGUUUUUUUCGCAAACAUUGUCCAGAAAUAACUCAAAAACGAUGGGUGAAAUACUGAAAUAGUGACUAUUCAUUGCUUUUUGAGAGAUGUCUAAUGGGAGACACGCGGUGUCUGUCGCGAUCCCUUGGUCCCGACUUUGGGAGGGUCAAAUGUGUCCGCCUCCGUUUUAGACUGGCCUUCAACGUGUUAAGCGUCAUUUUCGAAUAUAGAUCAAAUCGGUCAUUGAGAUUUUUAAUUGUUGAACUAUUCAUACAUACAUUCUAUUAUUAUUUUGGGAUUACCAUUGUUUGCCGCGUGACGACAGAUUUAUGCUAAGAUAUUCCAAUUCUUUUUUUUUUAAACUUUGUUUCUUCAUAUUCUGUAGUUAAGAGAAGUAAUUAUGAAUUUAUUUUGAAGUUUCGAACGUUAUGACUUUGUCACUUGAAUGUAGAAAAAAAAAAAAAAAACAGGUUGAAUUCGAAUUAUUGUAAUUGUAAUGUAUAGAGAUGUUGUCGAUUUUGCUUCUGUUGUGUGUUGUAUUUGUGCGGCGCCUCGACUCGUAUUGUAUAUUUUGUACUGUAUCGUGCGUUACGAAGUGUGCUAGUCACCCGCCAGCCGCCGCCGGCACGACGUCACGACGUCAAUGAGAGAUAUUAUACGAAAAUUGUGUUGGGUUUUGAAAAAUAAAAUUAAAAAAAAACGAACA